UUCCGCAUUUGAAACCUCGCCCUCUUCAGGGAGCUUUACAAACAUCACGACAUUAUCGAAACUCGAAGCAGAAUUCGGACUGUUACAGGAAGGUUGUAUUGGUCCUCAACAUGAUCGUGAUGCUGAAGUUUGCGACGUUGUUGCUCACAGCAGUUGUAAGUCAGGGGCUUCAGUAUAACGACAUUAAUGAGGCGGAAGAAUUACCGGCGGACGGUUCGAAGUAUGGCUCUCUGUGGCCCUUGCCUCAGAAUUUGAAAAUAUCAGAGACCACAUUCAAACUGAGCAGUGUUAGUUUUCAAAUUGUUGGCUCUAAACAAUCGUCUGCUGGUCCAAGCUGCAGCCUUCUACAGAAUGCAUUUCGAAGGUAUUACGACUACAUCUUUGGAUCGUUGAGAAAGGGACACCACAAGAAAACUGGUCCCUCCGAGAUUGCGGAGCUACAGGUGUGGAUCACGUCAGCUGACUCCGAAUGUGACAGCCACCCCAGCGUGUCUUCUGAUGAGUCAUAUGAGCUGACAGUGGACCAGCCUUAUGCUGUGCUGAAGGCUCCCAAGGUCUGGGGAGCUUUAAGAGGUCUUGAGACAUUUAGCCAGCUGGUCUAUGAAGAUGAAUAUGGAGCAAAAACUCUCAAUGCCACUGUGGUCAGUGACUUCCCACGAUUUGCACAUCGAGGCAUCCUAUUGGACAGCUCUCGUCACUUCCUGCCAAUUAAAGUCAUCCUAGUCCAGCUGGAAGCCAUGGCGAUGAACAAGUUCAAUGUUUUCCACUGGCACAUCGUGGAUGAUCCCUCCUUCCCCUACCUGAGCCGCACCUUCCCCCAGCUCAGCCAGCAGGGAGCGUAUCAUCCCUACACACACGUGUACACCCCCGCCGACGUGAAGAUGGUCAUCGAGUUUGGCCGUCUCAGGGGCAUCCGGGUCAUUCCUGAGUUUGACACCCCGGGUCACACCCAGUCAUGGGGUAAAGGCCAGAAGGACCUGCUGACCCCCUGCUACUCAGGAAGCAGCCCCUCCGGCACCUUUGGACCAGUCAACCCCAUCCUCAACACCACAUACGACUUCAUGAGCCAGUUCUUCAAGGAGGUCAGCACCGUGUUCCCCGACGCCUACAUCCACCUGGGAGGAGAUGAGGUGGACUUCAGCUGCUGGAAGUCCAACCCAGACAUCCAGAAGUUCAUGUCUCAGCAUGGCUUUGGUGAGGACUACAGAAAACUCGAGUCGUUCUACAUACAACGGCUCCUGGAUAUCGUCACGACGACCAACAAGGGGUACAUGAUCUGGCAAGAGGUGUUUGAUAAUGGCGUCAAGCUGAAACCAGACACGCUCAUCCACGUUUGGAAAGGCAACGAGCAGCAGUACCAGGAUGAGAUGGCCAGGGUGACGCUGUCUGGCUACCAGACCCUUCUCUCCACGCCCUGGUACCUCAACCGCAUCGCCUACGGGCAGGACUGGCAGGCCGUGUACAAGGCGGACCCCCAGAACUUCAAGGGCACUGAUGCUCAGAAGAAGCUGGUGAUUGGAGGAGAGGCCUGUCUGUGGGGAGAGUUUGUGGAUGCCACCAACCUGACCCCCAGACUCUGGCCUCGUGCCAGUGCCGUGGCGGAGCGUUUGUGGAGCAGCAAGGAUGUGACUGACGUUGGCGACGCCUACACUCGAUUGGUCCAGCACCGCUGCCGCAUGGUUGGGCGUGGGAUCCCAGCAGAGACUCUGUUUACUGGUUACUGUCCCCACGAAUACAACGGCUUCUGAGGGCCAUUGGGAGCCUGGAGCCCCGGAGUUGGAGGAAGACAGGAUGGGUAGAAGGAUAAUCAAGGGAAAUUUACAACGCACAUCCUUGCCCAAAGGUUUUAUAUGAAUCUCACUUCAGAUCAAGAUCACGUCUGUCCAGCACUGUUCUGUUCAGUCAUUCAGUCAAGCAUGUACGUUGUCACAAAUUGGACAACCAGUCGUUUAUAGCUCGCUCUAUCAGUGGAGAAUCAUUUUGUAUGUGGUCGCAGCUAUUGUGAAUUCGCACUUUGUUGUAUGAAUGUAUGAUUCAAUAAAAUUAUUCAACCUUUGAAAGGUCA